CGCAGACCCCUCCCCCGGGGGUGGGGGAGGGGAGGGCUCCGAUCUCUGGAAAGAAAAGUCUGAGGCAGCAGUCCAAUGCUGCAGAGAAAGCCCGGGAGUUCAGAGGGCCUUUCCAAGCUCCUCCUCCCUCCUCCACUCUGCUCCCUCUUCCUAGGACCCAGCCCUGCAACCUCACUUCUCUCCUUCUGAACAUCCUGGGCCCGGGGUCUCAGUUUUGGAAGGUGACAUUCUAGGAGGGCCACUGGCAUCUGGUCACAACAGUCCUCUGAAGCAAGUUGUUUCGGUGCUCGCUGACAUGGCCGAGGCCCCUGCACCCUCUUACACAGCUCUAUCUAUACCCUUCACCUCUGGCAUGCCCUGUGAUACAGACAGCAGUAUUUCACCCAAAGUCAGGAGGAAUAUUGAGAAGGCUUUGAGAGAAGGGAAGUUGUUGGAAGUGGUGUCUGUGGUCAGAGAAGCAAUGCAGACGGCGUCCAGAGCCCCAGUGAGCAUCGCUGUGACCGGGGACUCCGGCAAUGGCAUGUCAUCCUUCAUCAACGCACUUCGGGCCAUUGGACACGACACAGAGGUCUCGGCUCCUACUGGGGUGGUGAGGACCACCCACACACGGGCCUGUUACUUCUCCUCCAGCUUUCCCAAUGUGGAACUGUGGGACCUGCCUGGUAUGGGGGCUACAGCCCAGAGCAUGGAGGGCUAUAUGUGUGAGAUGCAGUUCCCUCAGUACGACCUCAUUAUCAUCAUCGCGUCUGAACAGUUCAGCUUCAAUCAUGUGCACCUUGCCAAAACCAUCAAGAGCAUGGGAAAGAGGUUCUAUGUUGUCUGGACCAAGCUGGACAGAGACCUCAGCACCAGCACCCACUCAAAGGCCCAGCUCUUGCAGAAUAUCCAAGAGAAUAUUCGGGGAAGUCUCCAGAAGGAGGGAGUGCAGGAACCCCCCAUAUUCCUGGUAUCCAGCUUUGACCCUUUAUCCCAUGACUUCCCAAAACUUAGGGACACACUACAAAAAGAUCUCUCCAGCAUCAGGUGUUGUGGUCCCUUAGAGAAGCUUUCCCAAAUCUGUGAGAGGAUCAUCGACGAGAGAGUGGACUCCAUGAAAAGCAAAAUAGGCACCGAGAACUUCAACAAAAUGUCUGGCAUCCGGGAUCCAGAUAAUUCGCUGGAGAAUUUUAAAGCUCUCCAGUUGCUCUUUGGUGUGGAUGACAAGUCUCUCCAGCAGGUGAUGCAGAGCAUGGAAAAGCCAGUUGUAGAAUACAGGGUGGCCAGAGAAAACCAGGACGUGCAGAGCUACUACUACCAAGAGAGCUGGAUAGGGCCGAGAAUAUUGUACUUCGCACUCUAUUACUUCUGUACUGGUCUCAGCUACAUCCCAUACUGCAGUGACUCUGGCGUCUACUACCGCAGAUACCUAGAACACAGACGCUUGCUUACGCAAGUUGCUGAGCACACCAAGGUCAUCCUGAGGAAAAUCUUGGAAGAGUCCAUCAUCUAAAGUGGUUGUUAACAGACUGUUUCUUUGGGAAACUCUGGGUAUCUGGGAUCCUCUCCUCAGCUCUGCACCCUUAGAGCUCAACCCUCCACUCACGUGGUUUCCAAGUUCCUAGACGUUAAUAAGCUCGCUUUCUCACCGGGUAGCCCCCUCCCCCCAGGAAACACCAUAAUGGAUUUCACUCUUUUUUUUUUUUUUUUUUUCAUUUCAUUAACUAAAGUAUCUGGGAUCCAAAUGCAGAAGAAAUUUCCCCAGACACAAGCUGACUCCUCUCUUUUGCUCAGAGCUUUCCCCUGUUUUAUUCAGUUCAUAUGUUUGCAAUAGAAGAGAAUGUUAUGAAUUCUAGAAUUGUUCUUUUCUGUCAUCCCCACACUGAGUGCUGUCAAUUCAACCUGAUUGGUUGUAUUCCAGAUCUGCUUCCGCCCCACGCUCCUGAAUGCUGGAAUAGCUUCCUGUUUCUGACCCCUUGCCUGUGCCAUCCGAGGUGGCACGUCCCACAGUGCCUGGUUUCCUGCCAUUUAUUAUAGCAAUAGCAAGUUGCUUACUGCAUCCAAACACACGGGCCUGUUUUGUGCUUCUAAAUCCUGGCCCCGUCUCUUCUGUCUUAACUCAUGAGUGUAUCUCCCACACCCAGCACAACACCUCGUGCAGAAAUCUGAGAAAACCCUCACGUUGCACCCCUCCUGAGGGCAGAGAUGAAGAGGGGCACACGUGGGAUGGCAUCACCUCCACUUCCGUGCUCGGUUGUCACACAGGGUUCUGUGGCAGUAAGGGUAUAGCCUGGAAUUUCAUUGGCUAAUCGAGCUAGAAAGUGUUAGCGAUGUGGCUCAAUGGUACAGUGCUUCCCCAGAAUUGAAAAGAAUAAAUCCUGAGAGGGAAAAAAAAUUAGGUAAAUCAUAUAUGUUGAGAAUAACAUACCAAAUGAUACUAUUGUUACUGACAGGAGGGCUCUGAAUCCCCACGUCAGCCAUCACCUAAACAAGGUCAGUUCACCCUAUCUGCUUGGUGGCAAGAACAGAACGAACUGAAAAUUCUCAGUGAAGGUGGAUUUGGGGUUGGAGGUAAUCGGAGCUCUACUAGGUUUAAAUUUUGGGGUUGGGGAAAUAGGUCAGUCAGUCAAACGUUUGCCUCACAAGCAUGAGAACCCGAAUUCACCCCAGUAGCCAUGUAAAAGGCUGGGCUUGCAAUUAAGGUGAUUGCCUGCAAUGCCUAAUAUUCCAAUUUUGCUUCCCCACUACCCAUGUA